UGGUGGUUGAAUGGACGUGUUCGUGUGUGUGUGUCUGUGUGUGUGUGUGUGUUUUUCAUACGGGAAUGAAGCUCCGUCUCCGCGCAGACUGAGAGCUGCAGAUCCGCUUCAGAGCAUCUUUCAGCGGGGGGGGGGACUGGAAGAUGCAGGCGUCGGUAUUAAGCGCUGCUGCCGGAUCUCUCUAUUCAUGACGACCGGAGGAGGAUGUGUGAAUUGACUUGUAUCAUCCCUGGCUUUGUAGGAUAUUUUUUUCUUCCCACCGAGUGAAUCUGGACGGGUUGCGGAACCGCAAUGGAGCGUCAGUCCAAAGCGUGAGAGGCAUUGGCCGACAGUCUGUGUUUGUGGGCUAAAAUUGGAUAAUAAGCAAAGGAAAACAGAAAGAGGGGGAGAUCAUUUGCAAUGGUAUUUUUUUAUUUCUUUUUUUUAGCCACGAUUUCCUCUCUCUAUUGUGACACGACCACCAAGUCAUACUGGAUGCGUUAUUAAUAAUUUUACAUGAAAUCUAAUUCAAAGUCAAUUGUCAGAUAGUCUGAUCAGAAUUUAAUUUGGAUUUGUUUAAUUCCAAGAAGCCAAUCAUGUCCAAGACCAAGAGCAGCGAGUCAGUGAAGGUGGUAGUUCGAUGCCGUCCGUUGAAUCGGAAAGAGGAGUCCAAUGGUCCUGCUGGGGGGAUUGUGAAGCUGGAUCUGCUGCUUGGACAGGUGAUCCUCAGAAACCCCCGGGCACCACCAAGCGAGCCCCAAAAAACCUUCACAUUCGACGCGGUGUACGACUCGAGCUCCAAACAGCGAGAGCUGUACGACGAAAGCGUCCGGCCCCUGAUAGAUUCAGUUCUCGCCGGGUUCAAUGGCACCAUCUUUGCCUACGGGCAGACCGGCACCGGGAAGACCUACACCAUGCAGGGCGUGUGGCUGGACCCAGAGAAGCAAGGCGUGAUCCCCAACGCCUUCGACCACAUCUUCACGCACAUCUCCCGCUCACAGUCCGACAAGCAGUACCUGGUGCGGGCGUCCUACCUGGAGAUCUACAGAGAGGAGGUCCGCGAUCUCCUCGACCCCAACCACGGCAACACCAGGGGACUGGAGCUCAGGGAGAGCCCGGAGACAGGGGUGUACGUUCAAGAUCUCACGUCCUGCGUGUGCAAGAGCAUCAAGGAGAUCGAGGAGGUGAUGAACGUGGGCAAUCAGGCGAGGGCAGUCGGCGCAACGGACAUGAACGAACAUUCGUCCAGGUCCCACGCCUUGUUCUUGAUCACUGUGGAGUGCAGCCAGCCCGGACCAGAUGGGAGGAAACACAUCCGAGUGGGGCGCCUCAACCUGGUGGACCUGGCCGGCAGCGAGCGCCAAGCCAAGACCGGGGUCCAGGGAGACCGCCUUAAAGAAGCGGCCAAGAUCAACCUGUCUCUGUCGGCUCUGGGGAACGUGAUCUCAGCUUUGGCAGACGGACGUAGCAGCCACGUGCCGUACCGGGACUCCAAGCUGACCCGGCUGCUGCAGGACUCGCUGGGCGGCAACGCAAAGACCGUCAUGGUGGCCACCCUCGGCCCGGCGCCCCAGCACUACGACGAGACUCUCACCACUCUUCGCUAUGCCAACCGCGCGAAGAACAUCCAGAACCAGCCCAGAGUCAACGAGGACCCCAAAGAUGCUCUGCUCCGUGAGUUCCAGAAGGAGAUCGCCCGUCUGAGGGCCCAGCUCAACCACAGGAGGUGGAGGAGCAAGCAGAAGAAGGAGCAGGUGGACGGAGAGGCCUGGGAAAGGGAUGGGGACGAAGAGGAGGAGGAGGAGGCCGAGGAAGAGGAGGUGGAGAAGGAGGCAGAAGAGUUUGUGAAGCUGGAGGAACAAAGGUUGGAGAAGGAGAACGAGGCCAUCAGAGAGGACCAGUUCCUGUUGGCGGAGGAAAAGCAGCGGCUCCUUGGGGAGAACGAGAAGAUGAUGGGGGAUCUGAGGAAGAGACAGGAAGCCACCGAACAGCUGACCGCCAGAUACAAGGCUAUGGAGAGCAAGCUGCUGGUUGGAGGGAAGAACAUUAUAGAUCACACCAACGAGCAGCAGAAGAUGCUGGAGAUGAAGCGGCAGGAGAUCACAGAGCAGACACGUAGGGAGAGGGAGAUGCAGCAGCAGAUGUUGGUCCAGGAUGAGGAGACGGUGGAGCUGAGGGACACUUUCUCAUCUCUUCAACAAGAAGUCGAGGCCAAGACCAAGAAACUCAAGAAGCUGUACGCCAAGCUCCAGUGCAUCAAGGCGGAGAUCAAGGACGUGAACGACGAGCACGUGAGGAGCCGGCAGGAGCUGGAGCAGACGCAGAACGAGCUCACCAGAGAGCUCAAGUUCAAGUAUCUGAUCAUAGAGAACUUCAUCCCUCCAGAGGAGAAGAAUAAGAUCAUGAACAGGCUGAUGUUCGACCCCGAGGAGGACCAAUGGAAGUUCAAGCCUCUGGUUCCAGAUGAAAGUAAAUCCUCACAGAUGAAGAAAAGGCCGAUAUCUGCAGUCGGAUACAAACGACCUAUCAGCCAUUACGCCCGGGUAGCGCUGUCGAUGGGAGUUCAUUCCAGAUACCGGGCUGAGAACAUCAUGUUUCUGGAGCUGGACUUGACUCCACCGAACACCUCAGCUCUGACGGACGGCGAGCAGAACCAAAGUCCCUCUCUGAACAACUCUCCCACCAAGGACAAAGGGGUCUGCAAGUCUCGCUCUUGGUGUCAGAGCCAAAAAUCCAUCGCUUCCUCCUCCUCCAACAAUUCCUUGGCGGGUUGUCAGACGGCCGCGCCCACAGCGGCAAUACUUUAAAUGGAGGGCUACAGCCAGGACACAAACACAAACACACCAUCACCUCUGCUGCCUCUAAAGAAGGCGUAAGCUGCUGUACAUGGAAAGCAGGAAUCUCACCGGCCGGAUGAACCUCAGAGACUCUGGGAUACUUCACUCUCUCUCUCUCCGUUGGUUUUGGAUAAAACUAUUUCUUUCCUCUGCAUGUUUGAAUCAAAGUUGUGGAUCAUUUUCAAAGAACGGCUGCGCUAACUGUGGUAAGUGUGUAAGAGAAGGGAUAGUUUCCAAUAGAUACCAAUUCUCAAUGAAUCUUGAGAUAUCUGUAAAUAUUUUAUCUAUUCAGGGUUCUUUUUUGCUUUUCUUUCAGGGUAAGUUUUGUCUGGUUUUUCUGUAAAAGAAGGACUUUAAGAGUUUGUCAAUUUUUUGUCCGUGUUGGCUUUUGGAAAGGAGCGCAGUAAAAAAAAAAAAAAAAAAAAGAAGAAAAGAUGUUUGCUGUUGUUGGUCAGAUGUGGUACUGAAACCUGAAUGAUGACCUUUAUCAUCCAUGUUCAUUCCUCUGUCUUUCAGCGUCUAAUUCAGUGUGGAUGUCCCAAAAAGAUCUCAUUAAAUGCAGAAUGUGACACUU